UUUUUUAGAAAAGAUACAAUUACAAUCCUACACAUAAUAACUAACAGUGAGUUCACGUAGUUUCAAAAUUUUAACGUUAAAUAUGAUAACCAUCUUGAACGUUGGUUUUAUAAUUUGGUAUUUAAACAUUCCAGUGCAUGCUGACGAUAGAGCCUUGAUUUUCAACUUGAAAACACACUCACUCGUUGACAUUCCGACAAAAAAUUCACCUAACGUGACAUGUACUGGUACUUGGGCGACAGCCUGUCCAGCAAGAAACAAUGAAAGUGAAGAUUCCACCAUCAAGAAUAUUUUUUCCAAAGAAGCAUUAUUUCUACGAAACAUUUAUAACGAAAAAAAUUCGUAUGCAGAAAUUGAAAAAGAUAGGUGCAAUGAACCUUAUAAACUUUCAAUUAUUUUUUCUGAGGGAAAAAUAGAAUUUGGUUAUCAGAUCUUUAUUCAAAACUCUGAAACUUCCAAAUUCACUGCCAACUUUCGCGAAGAACAUUUUUCGAAGCCUGAUUAUUCGUCGAAUCAUCAUGAAAAAAAUGAACUGAUUCGUUACUACGAGGAUUUUAACUUUUCCGAAAAUGGAAGCUCCAUGAUGCACUUGAAUGAAAUCAAAACAAUGAAAUCUAUAUGGAUACCUUUAUUCAAAGUAUGGUUAAAAUCAGACCAAGUAAAGAAAAUUACGUAUCAAAUUUUCGAAAAUAACACGAACCCGACGUUGCCAUGUCAGAAUUAUAAUUUAGGAAAGGAAAUACUCGCUAACACUAAUGUAGAUUUGUUCUACACAGAAAACAAUCAAAAAGAAUUUUUCCAAGACAUGACACUACCUCCAAUCGGAUCUGAAGGAGCAUGCUCAUCAGAACACAAGUGUUUAAUGAAAUGGCUACUACUCCCUUCAGAUCAAUUUCAAUUUGGCUCUUCAUCGACACAGCUACAAUGCUCUAACAUACCAACCAUUCCGAUAUGGAGCAGCACAAUAGAAAAUAUAUUACGAAAUGUUGAUGAAUAUUUAUACACAUUGUCUCGGAUAUCAAAUAAACCAUUAAAAAUAAUCGCCGGAGUAAAUCAGUACCUUCAAUUGCCAAAUAAACAGCUCGGGAUAAAUAAUUACGUAAUUCUCGUCAAAGAAAAAAAUAUAUUAGCAGUGCCCAAAAUAAUUUACAAAAUCGUCCAGCUGAAAUCAACUAAAUGCGAAGACUUUAAAUGUUGGUACAGUGUUUUAAUAGUGAUCCACAACGGUCCAUAUUUCAGUGACCAAGAUCGAAUCUGCGAAGAUAUGAGUGAAAGUUUAGGAUGGGAUGAUAUCAGAUACGAAAAAUGGUCAAACGAAGCCUCCAAGUCGAAAUUCAUUUACGUUUGUCCAAUUACAGAGAAAACGCUCGAAAAGGUAGGCUUAGUGUGGGAAAAAAAUUCACGAUUCGAAGAAUUAUCGUUGUUGCAUUUUCCACAUUUCAAUGAAGCUAAUCAACCACUUGAGAGUAAUGUGAAAGAAAAAGUUUUCAAAGAAUUGAAACGAUUGUCCAAGUUGAAUGAAUGGUCAAAAAGUAUUGAAAAUAAUAAAUUGAUAGAACGACCGCAGAUUGACGACGAUGAUUUCAAAAUACUGGAAGGGAAGAAUGAUAAGAAAUUUAUUAUAAUAACGCAUAGACGUGAUCAACCUCUAAGUGGAGUGUGAUUCGUGAAUUAUUGGAGCACAGAUGAUAAAGUCAAUAUUUUUUCAACUUCAAAAAUUCUAUAGUUAAUAAUUUCUAGUUAAAUAAAUUAUAUUUUGUACGUACUUAUGAAUAAAAGUAACUUCACACUUCGA